UGAUGCGUUUACAGCGAUGAAGGCAAGACCAUUUUGUCUAGUAGAAGUAUAUUAGAAAAUAGGCAAGACAAAAGAGCGACAUGGCUUCUAUACAAAAGACGUUGGCUCUUUUAAUCUAUCUACUGUUGCAAUUUGCCUUCAUGUCGACAGCACAAGUUCUGCUCACAGAAAUAUUCAGUUCAAAGCAAUCAACAGAUCCCAAAGUCUGGUUCGCAAACAUUUUGAUUUUGUUGCUUUUUCCUGAACUGAUGAUGUUGGUGUAUGAUGUUUGGAUGUCAAAUAUCAUUGCACUUAAAAGGUACAAAGAGUGGCCGGAAACUAGAACCCUGAUAAACGGUGUAGUGAUAUCAAUCAUUGACGCCAUGGCUCUGAGUUUCUUAUCAACGGUUGUUUUUCCAAAGUUACCUCCAUUUUUACUGGCCGGGAUUCUCUGUGUUGGAAUCUCACCAGCUGCUCGGUUGUUUAAUGAAAACAAAAAAGGCACUUCCCGUGGUUGUAAUGGACGACAAUGCAUUCUCCCUAUUGCCCAGCUACUUCUGACGAUAUCAAUUUCAGCCUCACUUAUUCUAGGUGAUGUUAUGGCCAUCGGAAAUGCAAUUUUCUUCGGACUAUCUUUAUUAGUCAUAAAAUUGGCACGAUUUACACCCUUGCAAAUCAGUAUUGCUGGAGCCAAUACCAAGGAAGCUCAAAAUACCGGAAUCUUGUAUCGUUUUGUGCGAAUAGUAAUCUUAAUUUUGACGGUAUGGAUCGCUUUUAUGCAUAGUAAUGACAAUCAAAAGACCUUUCCCUUUGCAGAUAUCACAAUUGAUAUCACUGUUGUCAAUGUUGGUAUCCUGUGUAUUUGCGUACUUUUAGUUCAAACCGAAUCCUAUAUACCAAUGUUGAGUACUCGCACGGCAAUGCUAUCAUCGAUAACAUGUAUUUGCACAACGCUUACAGUUUUCAUCUUUGUUUUGUACGUCCAUCUUGGGAACGAUCUCGGGUUAUUUAGGAACAUUGCAAGCUUUCCUGUUUCAUUUUCAGUAUACCAUAUCAUACUGUACUCCUCCACUUGCGUGUCUGUGCUUUUGUUCUAUUUUUCCAUAUUUGACGACAUUCAAGAAGGCCAUGAUUCCUUCAAAGAAUGUUUCUUGGCAUCUUAUGAUAAUGUUUUUAUUUGUCAGAAUCUUGUGAGAAAGAUUUUGAGCAAAUCAACGCGUUCCGAAAAGAGCAAGAGUGUCCUCAGUAGGGUUUUUGUUUGUACCACAAUGUACCAAGAAUCAGCGACUGAAAUGAGGCGACUGUUACGCAGCCUCAAAAAUAUUUCUGCGUCAAAAGUUACAAAGAAGCGAAACAUCUACUUUGAGUCGCACAUUUUUCUUGACAAUGGCGCAAGUGGAAAAGAAGUGAAGAAUUUUGGAAUUCAGUUACUAACACUUAUUGAGGAAAUCUUUAAGAUGGAAGAACAAUACGGAAUUAUGAUUUAUACGCCAUAUGGAAUUAAAUUCUCUUGGAAUGUCCCGGGGGAAAUGCCCCUGUUUUUACAUCUUAAAGAUUCUAGUCUCGUCAAAGCCAAAAAACGAUGGAGUCAAGUUAUGUAUAUGAGGUAUAUUCUACAAUACAGGGGGAAAAUUCAACGUCUUUUUCAUAAAACAACUAGUCACGUUAAUUCUGUAUACAACGAGCCUAUAGAUUUAUUCGAUGUAAGAGUUGAUGUCGAACCAAAUUCGCUGCAGUCAGAAAAUGAGACAAACAACGCAAGCGAUGCUAAUAUACCUAUUGUUACAUUUGACACCUCUAGCAAAACCUCUUCUUUUAGCGAUCUUACAACUGUCACACAACUAGAAGAAAACGGCAGCAAAAGUAAAGAGACGCAUAAGUCACCAUCGGACACUAAUGAAUAUGAUGUUUCCAACGAGCAAAAGCAGGAAGUAACACUUCGGGUUCCAAGACUGCAUUUGACGACCAAGAACAGAAGAUCGUCUUUCGAUCACAGUUUCAUUUCGCUACAAAAUCUCCCUGUCACUCAAUAUUCCUUUGAUCCAGAGUUACAAAAAGAAGAAUUACCGUAUGAUUUCUCUCGACCGAAAUUUAGGUCUUCGUCCUUCAAUGAUAUAGAAUUCGAAUAUCACAAAUAUAAAAGAAAUGAGCUACAGCAGAGGAAAACGGAAAUCCAAGAAAAUGAAAACUAUCAGGAUUUUAUUUUAGCCACUGAUGCAGAUAUGGCGUUUGAUGAUCAAAGUGUCCUUAAUCUAUUGAAUACUAUUGAAAAAGAUCAGACCAUUGGAGGUGUAUGUGGAAGAACAUUUCCUAUUGGAAUUCACAGACAUCCGGUCGUGUGGCUCCAAAUGUUUGACUAUGCCAAAGAUUUCUGGAUGAUAAAAAGCGCACAAAACAUCAUUGGCUCUGUGAUGUGUUGUCCGGGAUGUUUUAGUUUAUACCGGUUUGAAGCUAUUGAUGACGUCAUCGACACAUUUUCCAUGCCAACAGAAUCAAUGUCAGAUGUAUUCACAAAAGAUAACGGGGAAGAUCGAUGGAUGUGUACUUUAAUGAUGAAAGCUGGAUGGAGCUUGAGAUACUCUUACCAUGGAAACAAUACGACAUUUUGUCCAGAAGAAACUGAAGAGUUUAUGAAACAAAGGAGACGGUGGUUGCUGUCAGAUUUCGCCAACGCAGCUGUAGUCGCCUUGAAUUUACUACCAUUGAUGAAAAACAACACGGCCUUCACCCUCGUCUACACGCUGUAUUUGCUACAACUUUUUGUCGUCACAAUCCUCUACCCUGGGUCUACAGUGCUUAUGCUGGCCCUUGGGUUCGAACUGGUAACCGAUUGUCCACUUCUAGUGAAUGCCGCUUUUCUGUCCUUGAUUUGCCUGGUCUACUGCAUUGUGCAAAUCAGCUCAUGGAAUACCUUCAAGAAAUUGAUCGUCAGCAAACUUUUGAUUAUAGUUAUGGGUCUUCUGACUACAUAUGUGUUUGUUGCAACGAGUGUAUUCCUUAUCCAGAUGCUUAUCAAAGACAUUGGUCUCGGUUUUGUCACUUCUCACAUUGCAAACUUGGUGCUUCUUGGAGUGGUUUUCCUGUACCUCUACUCGCUGUUAUUGCAUCCUUUUGACAUACACCUGAUCUUGGCAGGAAUCGUAUACCUUUUUUACCUUCCAUUGCUGAAUAUUCUACUUCCGCUGUAUGCAGUUUGCAACAUUGUUGAUCAAACUUGGGGAACAAGAGAUGACCAAAAGGCAUCAGUCCCAAGAAUUUUACGAUUACCCAAAUUCAAGAAACGAAAGAAGAGCAUGAGUUUGAAACAUCGUAGCAAUUCGUACGAAAGUUUAAGUUCCUCGGCCAUCGACCUACAGGAAGUCAGCGAGGACGAGACCUUAUUUUGGCAGAGUCUAGUAACGGACAGUAUAGGGGCGGGGGUCAAAACUGGCCUCACCCCAGAGCAGAGGACCAAGGGACUGCGAUCUCUCCGCAACAGAGCUCUUGCAGGAUACCUAACGGUCAAUAUGCUCUGGGUCGCGGUUUUGACUGGAUUUUAUGCAUUUUUGACCAAAUUCUUUACGGAUAAACUUGUGUAUGGUGUGAUAGUCCUUACUCUUCUUGGCAUUUCUGCUAUUAUCCAGAUUCUUGGAAUGACAGUGUACCGAUGUAGCGACAUGUUGACUCGCUUUGGACGACUGAUUUCAUAAUGUACUUUGGAGAUUGAGUAAUGUAUAGAAAACAUAUAGAAUGUAUUUUCUUCUAUUGUUUGUGCGUUUUUUCUCCCGAACGCAUUGAGAUAUUUCCCAUGAUUUAAUAAUAUCAUGUAUAAUGCUAUAAUGUUGAAUUUUUGUAUGUAUCAUGCAUUUAUUGAAAUUUAUUUAUUGUACUUUCUCACGAAUGUACUAAAAUUAAAUGAUAUUUGAUUUUUUUAUGUAACUUUUCAUCUUAUCUCAGAAUUCCAGUAAUUAUUACUUAUUUCAUCAUUUGCAACGUGAUCUUUCUUUCUCUCUCUCUCUCUCUCUCUCUCUCUCUCUCUCUUUCUCUCUCUCUCUCUCUGUAAUAUUUUUUUUGAAUUUGUGUCUGAUGAAAUAAGAUAUUUGUUAUGGUUGAGCUAACCGUGUCUUUGAGUUGUAUAUUAAGUAACCUUGACCUUGAAGUUAAAAUCACAAUGCGCUACCAAGUCCAUUGUCUGUAUGAAGUCUAUUUGUACCAAGAUUAUAAUAUACAUAUCCUACGCUUUUUGUUUUAUGGCGGGGUUACUGCCUAUUUUACUAAUUUAUUUAGUAACUAUUAUUUGACACGUUUGUAAACUAAAGUACAUUUUAUUUAGCGAAAAAAAUUGUUAAUAAUGAAUAAGACAAUAAACAUGUUCAAGGUUCAAAUGGUUGCUUAUAAUUAUUGUAAUAGUGAUAUGGUAAUAAAAUCG